AGGACGAGACGGGGCUGCUCUCCGUCUCGGUUGAGUCGGCGGCGGGGUGGGGCCGCAAGCUUCCAUGGCCGCGUUUGGGUGUUGGCGGGCUCCUGCCUCGCUAUUCCCUAUUGGCCGCGGCGGCGCGCGGCGAGGGAGGGGCCCUGCGAGCUCGCCUGGCGGGAGCGGGAAGCGGGGGAUGGUGUGGUUCAUCUUGUGAAUUCCAAAAUGAAACAGAAACUGACCGCAGAAGAGUCCUCAGGACCUUUGCAGAAGUAUCUCACAGAUACCACAUGCAGUGCUGCACCGAGACAGACUCUUAAAAUGAUUCAGCCUUCAGCAGCAGGUAGCCUGGUUGGCAGACGUAAUGAGAAGAAAUCUUCAGUCAGAAGGAAACUCUGGAAUAACAAGUUUGCCUCAAAGGCUUGUAAAGCUGAGGUGUCCGUGGACAAGGAGCAAGAAAAUGAGAAUGAUGUCAUUCAAGCUGUAGAUCUCAUGAUGAAAGGAAGUCCUUCAUCUCAGUAUUGGAAAGAAGUGGCUGAAGAAAGGAGGAAGGCUCUGUAUGAAGUGCUUCAAGAAAAUGAAAAGUUGCACAAAGAAAUCGAACAGAAGGAUGGUGAAAUUGCGCGCCUAAAAGAAGAAAAUGAAGAGCUCAUGUCCCUUGCUGAGCAUGUGCAUUAUAUGACCAGUGUGAUUGAGAGGCUAACUGGGCAAGCACCUGACAAUCUUGAGACACUGGAGAGUCUGGCUCUAGAGGAAUCCAGACAGGAAAAUGAGGAACAUAACUGUGGAGAGGAGGCAGACAGCCCUUCUGAAGAAGGGCCAUCACAAGUAUUGUCUGGCUUAAGGGAGAAUAGAUCAGAUCCUUCUUCAAAGGAAGCAAACCAUUUGCAACUGGAAUGACAACCUUUAAAUAGGCUUAUGUAUGUGGCUUUUAAUUGCAGACUUCCUCUUGAAAGGAUAUACUAAACCUCAGGUAUAGAAACUCUUGUGGGAACAUUACAGAUGUUGGCAUUUUUAACUGGAAUUAUGUAGCAGUGGGAGUAUCUGAAUACUGCAUGGAAAAUUUACUACAGGCUGCAUGUAGUUGCUUGUAUGAAACACAAAUACUGUGUAUUUCAAGUGUUGUGUAAAUAUCUUUCUUACCAGUUGGUCUGACAUGAUGCAUGAAAAUUGAUAAAUAAAUCUUUGCAUUACCAAAA